GUCAAAACAAGCAUGUUUAUUUCCAGGAGGUGUAUGAUGUAAUCAAGUAGUCUUGAAUUAAAAAGCCCAGAAAAUAUUUUUUUUUUUGAAUGAUUACUAGUAGAAAUAUAUCGUUGUAUUCAAAAUUUAAAUUACUUUCAAAAUCAAAUUCAAAGUGUAAUAUCUUGAAAUUCGUCUUUUGUUCUUCCUUCUUUACAUCUUCGAUUAGAAGCAUGCCUAAAGAUAAAGCAACCCCCAAAACUUUUCAAGAAAUAAAGAAGAAAAGCAAAAUACAUUCAAAAAAAUGUAGAUUUCCUCCGAGUGAAAUAUAUUUAAGUGUUUUAGGAAACGGUUCUAAAUCCUCCUCAAGGGCCUUGUAUAUGUUCACCGAUCAUGCUAGGUAUCUUUUUAAUUGUGGAGAAGGAACUCAAAGAUUGGCUCAAGAACACAAAAUGAAACUUUCAAAAUUGGAUGACAUUUUCAUUACACAUAAAUCUUGGGAAAAUUUUGGUGGUUUAUUAGGUUUAUCUCUGACGAUACAAGACAUGGGUGUUUCAGAAGUAACAAUUCAUGGUCCUCCAAAUUUAAAUCUUCUUUAUGAACAAGCAGAAUCAUUUGUUGGCUUGAAAGACUUAAAAAUCGUUGUGAAAGGAUAUAAUGAUCGUUUUUGUGAUGAUUGCAUGGAGGUUAAGAAGAUUCCUAUUUUCAAGACUAUAAAUUCAUCAUACACUCUUGUACAUUCUUCAGUUUCUGACAGCUUUAGUUCAUCAGACUCUGAUGAUGAUCAAUCGCAAAAGCAUAGAUCCAAAAGAUUACGAAGAUCUUUGCAUGAAUCUGUUCCUGAUGUCAGUAUUGCAUAUGUUUGCAAGGGUCACAGCAGACCUGGUCAAUUAUUACUUGAGAAGUGUGCAGAUUUUAAUGUACCUGUUGGUCCAUUGUUAGGUGAAUUGAAAAGCGGAAAAGAUGUAGUUUUGCCCUCUGGUAUAGUUGUCCAUUCAAAACAUGUUGUUUCUCCUGAACAAGUAUGUCCUCUUUUCUUGGUUGUAGAAUGCCCGUCAGAAGAAUUUAUUGAUCCAUUUGUAAAUGAAAAACAGUUUGAAGAGUACCAAGCUGAUUCACCAGAUUCAUCUAAAAUAGCAUCACUUGUUGUACACUUUACUCCUCCUGAAAUUUUACAUACCUGUAAAUAUCAAGAAUGGAUGCAGAGGUUUCCUGUUACAACUUGUCAUUUGAUUUUAAAUGGUGACUGUGCAACUGUAAAUAGUUUAGCCAUUCAUCGAAUUCAACAUCAGUUGAAUCUUCUUCACCCUGGAAUUUUUUCUUUGCUUCAUGAAAAUGAGAUUGUACCAAAAAAUGUCACUGCUGUACAGAACACAUUUCAAGCACAAACUUUGGAACGUUAUUAUUUGCGGCCGGCAAAUGGUUUGGAUAAAACUCAUGUAUUAAACUUUCAACCUAAUGAUUUUAUUGAAGAAGCUAUGAACACUGAAGGAUUUGAAAUGCUUUUGAAAGAUCUUCAUAACAAAAUACAAGAAAAUGCAGGAAUUUCUAUGAGUGGAGAACUUUAUCCUGAAACAAUAUUUUUAGGCACAGGUUCUUCAAUUCCAAGUAAGCUGAGAAAUGUAUCUGCUAUAUUAGUCAAAACAAGCAAAAAUGAAAUCAUGGUUAUGGAUUGUGGAGAAGGAACAUAUGGGCAAAUUUUAAGGCUAUAUGGAAAGCAAGCUGAAGAUUUAUUACUUCAAAUAUCAGUCAUUUUCAUUUCACAUAUGCAUGCAGAUCAUCAUUUGGGCCUAAUUAUGUUACUAAAACAAAGAAAAACUGCUUUAAAGAGGAUUCAGAACGAAUAUAAGCCUAUUUUGUUGAUUGGACCAAGAAAUUUGAAACGAUGGCUGAAAGAAUACAGCCGGAAUUUUGAAUCACUAAGCCUAUUAUAUAGGUUUGUAGAAUGUUCUUCUUUACAACAUGAUGAAUUAUUCAGAUCUCACGAAAAAAAUUCAUUUCCAGAAUGUCCGGAUCUUUCAAUAUCUACUGUUCCUGUCAAUCACUGCCCUGAUUCGCAUGGGAUCAUUGUGUCUUCUAAGAACUCAAACUGGAAAUUAGUUUAUUCUGGGGAUACAGCACCUUGCUACAAACUUGUUUCAGCUGGUAAUGAUUGUACAUUAUUAAUUCAUGAAGCUACAAUGGAAGAUGAUCUUGCUGAAGAAGCUGCAGCAAAACGUCAUUGCACAACUGGCCAAGCUAUUGAUAUUGCUAAAGAAAUGAAUGCCCAAUAUACCAUUUUAACUCAUUUCAGUCAACGAUAUGCCAAAGUUCCUUUAUUCAAUGAAAAUUUUCACAGUUUGAUUGGCUGUGCUUUUGAUAACAUGAAGAUUCGUCCAUGUGAAUUAUACAUCUUGCCUUUGUUGAUACCAGCGUUGAAUUCUCUGUUUGCUGAAACUGUGGAAGAACUACAUACAAAAAUAAAUAAGAGGCGGAUGAAAUCGGAAUUGAUAAAAUCUUUGUUAUCAGAGACUUUGUCAGCAGAUAUUGUACAAGCAAAAACAUAAUAAAUUAUUGAAUGUA